UUGACAACAACUUGGAUUUUUCACGAUGGCGGAGAAAAAACAGGUUGGAAUUCAAGGGAUUUUGAAGUUAGGCACACGACCACAGUGUGAAAUAGUGGGAAAACACGAUCAAACUAUUGAUUUGGAACCUGAAGGCAUGAGUACUCGUGUUUACGUUGGCGAUUGUACAAAUUGUCAGUUUGUUUUGAAGAAGAAAGCGGCAAAUGUUUUGAUCGAAAAAUGUCAAGAUCUGGUUCUAACUAUGUCUGCUGAGCUCGUAUCUGGAACUCUAGAAAUUGUGAAAAGUUCGAAGAUUUCGAUUAAAAUCAGCCCCAACAUAAAGAUUCCAACAAUAACAGCUGACAGCACAACAGGACUUCAAGUAAUUUUGUUGGAAAAUGAAGAACAAUUGGGGAGCUUAUAUUUCCACGAAUCAUCAGAUUUAGCCAUCACAGUGCAGGGUGAUGGCGUUGAGAAGAAAGAGUAUGCAGUCAACCCAGUUGCAGAUGCCUCAGGCAACCGUCAAUUUAUUGCACACUGGGUACAGAGUGAUGGCAGUGUUCAGUUGAAAACUGAAAGAGUUGUUCGCGAAGGUGUUUUCCCCCAUGCAGAAGAAGAGUUGAAGCAGGCCCAUGAAAGAGAUCGUCAAAAUGCUGAGAAAGCAUUCAAAUUUCUUGAGAAAGAAUACAUGAAAUCUAAGAAAAAAUAAUAUGAACAACAAAAUGUCCUUUUAUACUUUUAUAUUUUGAUACUUGUUGUAAAAUUAAUGUACUGGCAAUUAAUUUGUAAACUUUCAAAAUGUAAACUUUUCAUUGUAUCUGAUGAAAAACACGAAAUCAAAUGCAAAAACACGAAAGCGAGGCAAAUGUUACA